CGCAAAACUUUUUUGCUUGGUGCUUUGUGUGGAUUUGUGUGUAUUACGUCGAAUCGAGAAACUGGAUUUAUUUUUACUUUUAUUUACCUUGAUUCAAAGAGUUUUAUUUUUAUAAUCAAACCAUAUUACUGAUAACAGUGUACAAUUUGCGACGCGAGAAAUUAUAAACGAUACACAAACGCACAAAGUAACAAAAAAAAAAAUAAUAAAUAAAAAAUUGGUUUGAAGAAACGAAGUUCAGGGGCAAAGGAGCUUCUUUUGGACACAAACAAAUUAAUAUUCCAAAAUGCCUGAGGACAUAAAGGCAGAGGAAAAGAUCCCAAAGUAUGACCCUAGUAUACUCCCGGAUAUGCUGCCUGUCUACUACAAGCGCCUGUUUCCUCAUAAACCCUUUUACCGUUGGCUGUCAUAUGGACUUUCUGAAGGUGGUAUCUUCGCCAAUCGUGAAUUUUCAUACACUCUUCACGAUGAUAUCUACAUUCGAUAUCGAUGCUACGACACUCAAAGUGAGUUGGAAAACGAUAUCUGCACAACUUGUCCGCAUAAAAUUGACAUUGGCCCCGUUAUGAAUACCAAACCAAAGAACUUUCGUAUCACAUCAACGGCCAUGCAACCUGUGCAGCGCGAGCUGGUUUUCGAUAUUGAUAUGGAUGAUUAUAAUGAAGUGCGUACCUGUUGCACUGGCUCAACAGUUUGUUUGAAAUGCUGGAAGUUCAUGGCCUUAGCAGCGCGCCUGCUUGAUGCUGCCUUACGUGAGGAUUUCGGUUUCGAGCAUAUACUCUGGGUCUUUUCUGGACGACGUGGUGUACAUGGCUGGGUAUGCGACUAUGAUGCUCGACACUUGGAUUCGAGAGGUCGCUCUGCAGUUGCUGAAUAUCUGCAGAUUUCUACAACUGUAACAAUUAAUGGUGUGGUUAUAGCGCGCGUACAGAACUUCGAACGUAUGCAUCAUAGUGUUCGCCGUGCGUUGAAGUUCGUUGAACCACUUUUCGACGAGAUUGUAUUAGAAGAUCAGAAUUUAUUUGGCGAUGCUAAGGGUAUUACCAAGUUGCUGAUGAUGAUUCCAGAUGAGACGGCGCGAAAUGAUGUGGAGGUUUAUUUAAAGAAAACAAUUGAAGAUGGUGUGCAUUCUCGUGUGGUAUGGGCUUCGUUCGUGCGUUAUGCGAAUUCUAUGCGAACGGGCGCAGUCAGCAUUUGGACACGAAAACUUAAAAACAUUGUUGAAGAAAUUCAGUUGGGAAUUCUUUACCCACGCUUGGAUAUUAAUGUUACAAAAGGUAUGAACCAUUUGCUGAAAUCACCGUUUUGUAUUCAUCCCGGAACUGGAAAGGUGUGUGUGCCAUUUAAUUGUCAUGCAGCUGCGAAAUUCGACCCCACCACUGUGCCCAACAUUGCACAGUUAUUACAGGAGAUUAAUGCCUUCGAUGACAAAUCAAAGAACCAAGAAAAUGGGCCCGAAGAUAAAAGCAGGAUUAAAGAUUACAAAAAGACAAGCAUGUUUAAAGGAGUUGUUGUGUUUGAAGAAUUUUUGCGCAAGUUAGAAACUAGUUUGAAGGCUAAGGCAAUAGAUGUAAGUGAUAAGAAAAUGGAGUUUUAAUCGACAUUCACAAGUGUUUCCAUAAUCUAAACUAUGUACAAUUUAAUAUGAAAAAGUGUGUGUUGGAAGAUGUAUGUAUGUAUACCUUUUUUAUAUAACUUAAUGUUGAAACAUUUGAGCAAAAAGCGCCAUUUUUUAUUCGGCAAAUGACUGCUUCUU